AUGGGAAGCAUAGCAGCAACACCUUUUCGAAGUCCGUUUCAGGACGUCCCGGCGGGCCGAACAGCUCUCGUUGGACAGUUUCGAGAGGAUACCGAUCCCAGCAGAACUGAUCUUCUUGUGGGCGUGUAUAAAACGGAAGAAGGGAAGGCAAUAGUUUCAACACAGACGCUCGGCGCAAGUGGCGGCUGCCAUGUGGGCGCAGUUAUAUUGAAAAACCAUUAUGGGCCGUGGAAGGAAAGUGGGAACCCCGAGAUUUUCCUUCCGAGCGACUCCUGGUUGAAUCACCCUUUCGUAUUCGCGUCUGCUGGAAUUAAGACCAGCCUUCUACCUUAUUUUAGCAGCAAGACAAACACAUUCGAUUUUGAGAGCUUUUCGGAAGCUAUAAAAUUAUUGCCCGCUCAAUCCGUCAUUCUUCUUCAAUCUGGAGCCCAGAACCCAACUGGAUGUGAUCCAUCGCUAGACCAAUGGCGAGAGCUGGCCUCGAUCUUCUCUCAACGUGGUCAUUUGGCAUUCUUCGAUGCUGCAUAUCCCGGGUUUGCCUCAGGAGACAUUGACACAGAUCUCCAAGGUGUUCGUUUGUUUGCUGAGAAGGAAAUCCCGCUUGUUUUUGUCUCAACAUACGGGAAAUCCUUCGGGCUUUACAGCGAACGCGUUGGAAUUCUCUCAAUUCUUGUUCCGAACGAGGAAGUGGGAAAGAAUAUAGAAACGCAAUUGAGACUACUCGCAAGAGCAGAGUCGGGCGCGCCGCCCGACUUUGGGUCCAAGAUUAUCGAGACGGUCCUAUCAGAUCAGGUAUUGGAGCGCCAGUGGCGACAGGAAGUGCGCGAUAUGGCGAACCAACUCAAACACCGUCGAAUUGCGCUGAGGGAAGGAUUGGAGAAGUUGGAAACACCGGGUGACUGGCGCCAUAUCACUGAUCAGAAUGGAAUGUUUUCAUAUGUUGGAUUGUCCGUGGAACAAGUCACUCUGCUCCGGAACAAGUACCAUGUUUAUCUUCAGGACUCUGGGAGAAUAUCUAUCGCUGGGCUGAACAAAUUCAAUAUCGACUACACUGCUCGCAGUAUCAGUGCUGUCAUCAAAGCUACAGCCUGA